UAAAUUUUGUGAUGCAUAUCUAAUGCUUACACAUUCUUACACACACAAAAUCCACUAAAACCCAUUUGAGGUUGAGACCAAACUAACUAGAAGGAGCAUCAUCAUGUCUUGGUUAAGAAACCUCUCCAAGUUUUCCACCAUUAAAGCAUCAUCUCAACGUCCCAAAAACACUGACCCAUUUUGUCUUUUGCCCUCCUUCACUUUCCUCUCCCACUUCAGCUCCAACCCCGUUGAGGAGAAGCCUUGUGCAAAGCCCGUUGAGUAUUCAGGUUUGGAACCAACAAGGGCCCAUGAGAAGCCCCGUGUGGUGGUGCUGGGCUCAGGAUGGGCUGGGUGCAGACUCAUGAAGGGCUUGGACCCUCAUCUGUAUGACAUUGUUUGUGUCUCACCUCGCAACCACAUGGUCUUCACACCCCUGUUGGCCUCUACAUGUGUUGGAACUCUUGAGUUUAGAUCCGUUGCUGAACCCAUUGGAAGGAUCCAACCAGCUAUUUCUAGAGAGCCCGGGUCUUAUUUCUUCCUCGCAAAUUGUACUCAUAUUGAUGCACAUAACCAUAUGGUUCACUGUGAGACUGUGACUGAAGGAGUAGAGACAAUAGCUCCCUGGAAAUUCACAAUCUCAUAUGAUAAACUAGUAAUUGCAUUAGGAUCACAACCUUCCACUUUUGGAAUUCGAGGAGUCAAAGAACAUGCCAUCUUUCUUCGUGAAGUUCACCAUGCACAGGAAAUUCGUAGGAAGCUGCUCCUAAACUUGAUGCUGUCUGAUGUUCCAGGGAUUUCAGAAGAGGAAAAACAUAGGCUUUUGCACUGUGUGGUUGUGGGGGGUGGUCCAACUGGAGUUGAAUUCAGUGGUGAGCUUAGUGAUUUUAUCAUGAAAGAUGUUCGUCAAAGAUAUGCCCAUGUGAAGGAUUACAUCCGUGUCACUUUAAUUGAGGCAAAUGAGAUAUUGUCUUCCUUUGAUGACCGGCUUAGGCGCUAUGCUACCAAGCAAUUGACAAAGUCAGGAGUUCGUCUUGUUCGUGGCAUUGUGAAAGAUGUUAAACCUCAGAAUAUUGUCCUUAGUGAUGGUUCUGAGGUUCCAUAUGGGUUGUUGGUGUGGUCCACUGGUGUUGGUCCAUUGCCUAUAAUUCAAUCUUUGGAUCUCCCAAAAGCUCCUGGUGGAAGGAUUGGUGUUGAUGAGUGGCUUCGUGUUCCUUCCGUACAAGAUGUGUUCUCAAUAGGUGACUGCAGUGGAUUUGUUGAAAGUACUGGAAGACCAACACUUCCUGCACUAGCUCAAGUGGCAGAGAGGCAAGGUAAAUACUUAGCAGCUCUAUUAAACAAAAUUGGUAAAGCAGGUGCAGGCCAUGCAAAUAAGGCAAAAGAAAUAGAAUUUGGGGAUCCAUUUGUUUACAAGCACCUUGGAAGCAUGGCAACAAUUGGAAGAUACAAGGCCCUUGUUGACCUUAGGCAGGGCAAGGAGGCAAAAGGGUUGGCUCUUGCAGGAUUUCUGAGUUUUUUUAUUUGGCGCUCGGCAUAUAUCACACGUGUUAUCAGCUGGAGGAACAGAUUUUAUGUUUUUGUCAACUGGAUUACAACUGUUGUAUUUGGCCGCGAUAUAAGCAGAUUAUGAAGAUCUUGAGGAUCUUAAUAUGAUAACACUUUUGCUUGGUUGCAUUGAGGGUUCUUCCUAGAAGCCAGGAACUAUCAUGAGAUGAAUUUCAGUUUACUGGACAAUGGACUUGGACAGCAUGGAACUGCACUAGUUCAUGACAUUUUCCGUUUAUUCCAUUUGUUAAAAACAGUGGCAAAUAAAAGAGGAUGUUGAGAAAUGGGCUUGAAGGACAAGACAAUGAAACUUGUUGCAUCUUGAAGCCGAUGCAAUAUUUUGUCCACACUUUUUUCUUUCCUGUAGCUUGUUAUUAAUCAAAAAUCUAGAAAUCCUAAGUGUUUCUAUACCUAUUGAAAACCAAGAAAUCAAUUUUCAUUUGCAAAUACUGUUCAUAAAAUUUGUGGUUGCAAUAAUACCAGUUCAGUUACCUAAA